GGAGAAGUUGAGUUCCUGUGAGUUUGCCGUGCAAGUGCAACCAGUGGCACCCAGCACACGUGAAGUACCGGGCUUUAACUAAUGGCGUGUAUUUAAUAGGACGCUAGUGUUGCAUUGCCCUACAUUGCCGUGAUCUAGAGGACAAGAAACCUCGGAAUCAUGAACUUGGUGAGGACAUCAAGGCAGGUGGUGGGUCUGCGGCAGGCACUGACCCUCCUGCAGAAGGCCACGGCAGGGGGCGGCGGGGGGCAGACCAGGCACUACCACUCCCUGCAGGGGGUCUACGGCCACAAGCACCAGGAGCCCAAGGACUUCUCAUUACCAGAAGAUGUUGUUCAGCGGAGAGCAGAGGAGAGCAAUCUAUUCCGGUGGAUCAGUGCUUAUCGAGAGUAUGGUCACCUGACAGCAGACAUCAACCCAAUCAAGCCAAACAGCAGACAGGUGCCGGAGCUGGCGCCUGAGCUGUAUGGCCUCAGCAGCAGUGCCUCAUACAACCCUCGAGGCCUUUUGGCUGGCUGUGAGGGCAGCUACAGUCUCCAGCAGCUGCAGGACAUCCUGAAGGAGAAAUAUUGUGGCCACAUUGGUGUGGAGUUUUCCUAUUUACCUACCCUAGAGGAGAGGGAAUGGUUUGCUAAUUCUGUUGAAGGUCUCUCUGACGAAGUCAUUACUGCAGAAGAACGUGUCAGGCUAGCAAGAGACCUGCUGUGCUCCCAGGCUUUUGACAACUUUUUAGCAACUAAGUUCCAAAGUGUGAAGCGUUACGGUGCGGAAGGAGGAGAAUCCAUGCUGGGCUUUUUCACAGAGACCUUCAGAAAGGCAGCUCAAGAGGGUGUGGAGCAGGUUGUGGUGGGCAUGGCUCACCGGGGUCGCCUGAACCUGCUGACCGGCAUUCUGCAGUAUCCUGUCACCAUCAUGUUCCAGAAGAUGAAAGGGAUGCCAGAGUUCCCUAGCGAUGUCAAGUUUAUUGGGGAUGUCCUCUCCCACCUAGCCAUCUCAGUUGACUUGGAGGUGGGAGGACCAAAUCCCUUGUACGUCUCAAUGCUGCCAAACCCUUCUCACCUCGAGGCUGUGAAUCCUGUGGUCUGCGGCAAGACUCGGGCCCGGCAAAGGACCCUUGGGGAGGGCUACUACUCCUCAGACCCUGAUGCUCGGCCAGGGGAGAAAGUGGUGUGCCUGCAAGUGCACGGGGACGCAGCUCUCUCAGGGCAGGGGGUGAUUCAGGAGACCCUCGCCCUCUCUGCUGUGCCCCACUUCAACAUUGGGGGAGCUUUGCAUGUUGCCAUCAACAAUCAGAUUGGCUACACCACCCCCGGGGAGCGGACACGGUCGACAAGAUACUGCACUGACGUGGCCAAGAUGUGCAGCAUGCCAGUCAUCCAUGUUAAUGGUGAUGACCCGGAGGCUGUAGUGAAGGCUGCCAGGCUGGCUGUUGCUUACCAGAGAAAGUUCCGACGAGAUAUAUUUGUGGACAUACUCUGUUGGCGACGAUGGGGCCACAACGAGCUGGACAACCCACGCUUCACCAACCCUUCCAUGUACCAAACCAUAGAUGUGCGCAGGAGUGUGCCAGAUUCCUACACUGCCCAGUUAGUGGAGGAAGGGGUCAUGCAGCAAGAAGAGGUCACUAAGAUCACUGCUGGCCACAUGACCUUCCUUGCAGAACAGUUCAAGCUGGUGGACUCCACUGUUCCAAAAGCACCUCACCUAGAGAAGCAGUGGGCAGGGCUGGUCCAGGCUCCCUCAUCCCUGCAGGUUUGGGACACAGGCUUGGACACCAAAACUCUGCAGUAUUUGGGAGCAAAAUCUGUAGAGGUUCCAGAAAAUUUUAAUGUCCACAAACACCUGAAGAAGACCCACAUAGAGGCCAGGCUACAGAAGCUUGCAGAAGGCCGUAGUCUGGAUUGGGCUACAGCAGAAGCCUUGGCCUUUUCCUCACUGUUGUACCAAGGGUUCAACGUGCGAAUCAGUGGCCAGGAUGUGGGUCGGGGCACCUUCUCCCAGCGCCACUGUAUGCUGGUUGACCAGGAGACUGAUGAAAUGUACAUUCCCCUCAACCACAUCAGUGAAGACCAGAGUGGCAAGCUGGAGGUGGCCAACAGCAUUCUCUCUGAGGAGGCAGUGCUGGGCUUUGAGUACGGCAUGUCUGUGGAAAGCCCCAAGACCUUAUGCAUCUGGGAGGCUCAGUUUGGAGACUUCUUCAAUGGGGCCCAAAUCAUGAUCGAUACUUUUGUAUCUGGUGGUGAAGCUAAGUGGUUGCUGCAGAGUUCCCUAACAAUGGUGCUGCCUCAUGGCUAUGAUGGGGCAGGUCCUGAACAUUCCUCAUGCCACAUGGAGAGGUUCUUACAGAACAGCAGCUCCAGUGAGACAGCACCAGAUGGAGAGGAUGUGAACUGGUUCAUUGUGAACCCCACCACACCAGCACAGUACUUCCAUGCCCUCAGGCGCCAGAUGGUGAGGAACUACCGAAAGCCCAUCAUCAUCGUGGGGCCCAAAGUGCUCCUUCGCCACCCGGCGGCAACCUCCACUCUGGAGGACAUGGCUCCAGGAACACACUUUUUCCCUGUUAUUGGUGACUCAAGUGUUAACCCAAGUAGUGUGAGGAAAGUUGUGUUUGUGAGUGGGAAGCACUACUACACACUGCUGGGGGAGAGGGAGGCUCGGGGCAUCAAGGACACGGCCAUCAUCAGAGUGGAGAGUCUGUGUCCCUUCCCAACACAGGAGAUCAGUGAGGAAUUGCAGAAAUACAAGCAAGCAAAGAAGUUCGUGUGGUCUCAGGAGGAGCACCGCAACAUGGGGCCGUGGUUCUUCGUCCACCCUCGGUUUGAAAAUCUUUGCUCUACCAAGCUGGAGUAUGCGGGGCGGGACGUGUCGGCCAUCCCAGCUGCUGGUGUAGCUCAGGCCCACAAAGUUGAAGCUCAGGAAUUGCUCAAUAAGACCUUUGCACUCUAACUGGCAUUCCAUGAAGAGUUCCUAGUCAGAGGAGUACCUAUAGUAAAGGUAACAUUUUAACUGCACUUAAUGGAUGAUUCGUAAGUCAAUAUUAUCCAAUUUCUGAUAAACAGAAUUCAGAAGCUAUUCUUAUUACAUUCUUAAAAAUUUAUUUAGGACUUAUAAGCUAACGUUAGCUUUUAAAGAAUAAGAUGUAAAUGAAUCUGACCAGUUUGAAGACUUGGUAUAUGAACUAACACAUUAUAGUGUUAGAAAUGAUCAAAGAUUUAUGAGCUAACAGUAUCUGAUUUGUGUGGCAAUUGGAAUUAGAAUUUUAAAACUAGUCAGUUUAGCAAUGCUCACAUGACAGUUUGAGUUAAAGUAUAUAGUCUUUUAUUUAGGUGAAAAUGCACUUGCCUUCCAAGGUGCCCUUUUGCCACAGAAAGUUUCCUGCCAGCUGAUUGGUUGAAAAUUCAAUGCCCAAAUACGUCUUUUGAUUUGAUAUAAUUACCAGGUAAUGUGAACCAACACUUAUUUACUUAAGUUUCUCCAUCUGCUAUAAGUAAUAACAAUUAAAAAUGGUAAUGAGUAAAUAGAUAGUGAAGUGAUAUUCAGGAAAGUCUAUUUGUUAAUGUUGACAUUAACACACAAGCACGUGUUUGGCUGCAGACUAUUUCUUAUGAAAUUUUCACAUGACUAUAUUAUGAUAUUCAUUAGUUCUGUAAUUAGAGAUGGGAAAAUACUAUUAAUAUAUAGUUUUAUCUGAGGUAUUGUGAUCUACAGAAUAGGUUUACUGAAUAGCAUACUGCUACAACACACACCCUCAUGCUCUCAUCUAUAGUCUUCCAAAUAUGUCGAGG